UUGCUGAUUGCCCGCCAGUCUUGAUACUUCUGCUGGAUAUGUUGGACGUUGAGGCAGAGGUACUUGAUGACGAGUCUGGAUGGAUUUACCUGCAGAUGCCCUACACGUGUGGAUUGUGUUUCCAGAUUACUUAGAGAGUGACGUUCUGCUGUUUUGAUUGAAAAAAGCGGACCUAAGUUUUACUGAUGCUAUGACUCGAAACCUGUGUGUUCCAGAUUUUUUGAAAGCAACCUGGUGGCUUCCAUCCUGUCUGAAGUGGAAUGGAAUAGCUGUUUCUUUACAGUCUUUGAAACACUGAUGAAAGUGACGUGAACCAGGACUAAAUUGGACAAGGUUUUUGUUUUAACUGGACACUAGACUGAUUUAGAGAUGACUGGAGCCUUGCAUGCUGGACUAAUACUCUUUACUGUUGUGGUUGUGAGUGAGAGUGAGCCAACACCUGUUGGGACCGACAGAACAGGAGACUUGCAUGGACAGUCCAGAUUUGUCCACUUAACCUCACAGUGGGCCUUGGUGCUGGUCAACGACUCGUUAGACAUCUUCAGGGCUGAGAGUUCCUGCAGAGGCCAGUUCAGCUCGCUUUCCACCCUGGACCAAUCGGAGGUCCGUGAGGGGGCAAUGGACUUACUGCGGCAGGCUCGACUCCAGUCACCGGUUUGGAUCAACAGCACUUCCGAACUGCCCUCCAAGCCUUUGCCCCUCUCUAAGCAGUAUUUGCAGUUUGCAGCUCUAAACUUCCCCAAAACAUCCAGAGAGGGCUUUGCUCGCAUCAACAGGUCCUUCCCGGCUUUAUCAUCAAUCAGUGUUUGCGUUCGUGUUCAGUGGGACCCAGAAUGGAAUGAAGUGUCCACCAUCUUCUCCUAUGCUGCUCCCGUCUUUACCAAUGAGUUCCAGCUACGGGGUCAGAAGGACAUGCAGGGCCGAAUCGUGCUGGCACUCAUUGUUCACGGGAAGCACCUUCCGUAUAAAGCAUCUUUUGCUAACGAUGGCGCGUGGCAUCACAUCUGUGUCACAUGGAGCAGCAGCCUCUGGGCUAUCUAUGUGGACGCGGAAAGAAAGGACAUGGGAUUGGGCACAGAUACUUCCAGAGAUAUCCAUGCUGAUGGGAUACUUAUUCUGGGUCAGGACCAGGACUCAUUUGGAGGAAAUUUCACAGAGCCUUUUUUUGGAAAUAUUACCGACUUAAAUGUUUGGAAUACUUCCCUGGAAAGCCGCCACGUUCGUGCUUUAAAUGGAUGUUCAGCCAUGAGUCAGGUCAUGCUCUUCAGCUGGAACCUGGGCCAUGUGAUCAGUCACCCAUCGGUCAAGGAAGUCCAGGCCCUUCUGUUUUGUCCAGCAAAGCACCAGCAGAUGGAACUGCAAGGCUGCAUAACGCUGCAGAGCCAGUCAGACCAGCACCUUCUGAUGGGGUUGACAGACUGUUCUGAGCCACUUCCCUUCAUCUGCAUGAGUAGCAGAGAGCGUUACCUGAAGAUGAAGCAGAUCAGUGACUCCCAGAGCUCUCAGCCCACUGCAUUUAUGAAUCAUCUGAUGAAGCUUUCCAACAACAGCCAGGCGGUCCUGGGCCAGCAGCCAUCAGGACUGAGCAGCCUCGGUGAAGCCUCGGCCCUGCUCGACGUGUCCGUCCAGGCUCUUCAGGACACAAGGCAGGAAGGACUGCAGCCAGAGGACAUGGUUUCUCUCAUCCAGCUGCUGUCACUGGCUGCUGAUGUCCCUCUCCAGCCGACCGACGGGGCCAACCACAGCGAGGAGAGCGUCCAGGAGCUCAGCCAGCACUUCAUCAGUGUGGCCGACAGCGUCAUCAGCCAGGACAAUGCCUUCAAGUGGCAAGCCAUCAAAGAGGUGGUGAAUGGCCCCAUGGAUGUGGUCAAGAGUAUUGACCGGAUGGUGACCAGCUUGAGCCCCCGCUUGAUGGCAGAGAGUGAUCACGUGACGUUUCAAAGCCCCAACAUCAAAUUAGCAGUGCAGCAGCAGCGGCUGUGGGAACCAACCAAGGGAUCAAGUUUCUGUGGACCUGAGAGUGAGAAACACUCCAAUCCAGACUGCAUUUCAGUCCCUUAUCAGAAAAUACAGGAUCUCCAUAAUAACGGAUUCCAUAAACUCACCUUAGUCAACACCUGGUAUGGUUCUUUGCGGCCUCUUUUCAAUCCUGAAGAAAACAUCAGCAUGGUCCCUACUGUCACCGAUGGAAGCCAGAGGUAUUUGGGUACCAUCCUGGGCUCCUCUGUCAUAUCCACCACUGUGCUGGGAGACGAUCAACCCGUCAGCACUGCGGUCCGCUUUCAGCUCCAUCACAAAGUACAGAACUCUGCUGGGGCUGUGUACGAGCCAGUGUGCGCCUUCUGGGAUUUUACCCUUACUCCAGAGGCUGGCGGGUGGUGGAAUACCAAAGGGUGCAAGGUUGUUUCCAAACAAUAUGACUACACUGUGUGCUACUGCAACCACACCACCAAUUUUGCAUUGCUACUACAAGUCUACGAAGAUCAGCCAAGCCCAGAAAACAAAAAAGCUCUGCAGGUGCUGACGUUCAUUGGCUGUGGAGUGUCUCUGUGUGGCCUCCUCUUCACCUUCAUCCUUUUCAUUGUUGUGGGGGUUCCUAAAUCGGACCGUACCACUGUCCAUAAGAACCUGAUUUUUGCUCUCGGAGUUGCUGAACUGCUGUUGAUGUGCAGUGACUGGGCGUCUGCCAAUGAGGCCGCAUGCUUUGUUGUGACUGCACUGCUCCAUCUCUUCUUCAUGGCCUCGUUUUCCUGGAUGCUGGUUGAAGGUUUGCUACUGUGGAGCAAAGUCGUGUCUGUCAAUAUCAGUGAGGACCGCAGAAUGAAACUGUACUACGUCAUUGGCUGGGGACUACCCAUUGUAAUAGUUGUGGUAACACUGGCACUGACAGUGAACGAGUACAAGGCCGACGGCCACUGCUGGCUCAAUCUGAAGACGGGCACCAUCUGGUCUUUUGUUGGACCUGUAGUAUUUGUCUUGGCGGUCAAUUCAGUUGUCCUGUGCCGGGUUGUCAUGGUGACUGUUUCCAGUGCUCGCCGCCGUGCGAAGAUGCUCAGUCCACGCUCAGCAUCGAAAAUGCAGACCUUUGACCUCACCUGGGCUGUGACUCGACCAGUUCUCAUCCUGCUGCCUGUGCUGGGUCUGACCUGGCUGUGUGGCGUACUGGUUCACCUAUCUAUUGUAAUUGCUUAUAUCUUCACUGCUCUCAAUGCCUUCCAGGGCCUGUAUAUUUUCUUGGUUUAUGCUGUUUACAACAGUGAGGUGAGGAAUGCCAUAAAGAGGAUCAAAGAAAAGAGAAAGGCCUUAUCUUUCACAAACUGUUCCCAGCCAACAACCUUCACACCAUCUCAAAGAGCUCCGAAAACAUCCUGGGACCGUAGUCCACCGACUCCCUCCAGCCCUGAGACCAGCGAGACCUCCGGACCCCCCAGUUCCAUCUGUACUUCGCUGGUUAUCAAAAAUGAGAGUUUCAGAAAAGAGGGCUUUGUGGGUUUUGCAUUCAAGCCCACGUCAGGGAACCAAGUGGUCCAGCUCACAGCAUUUAAGCAAUCAGGUUGCUGAAUUGCAAAUGGAGUCCAUCCUGAUGCCCAGUGUUUUGUGCUCUCGCAUCACACCGGAUCACACAGUUGGGAGUGCACACAAACACAAACACAAACACACACAAACACUCACACAUACCGCUGGUGGAGAUGAACCUCACAAUGAAGAAUUGUUGAACCUUUGCUUCCACUGUUGCUGUUUGGAUACGCAUAAAGCCACACCUUCACACCGUCAUGCAUAUUACACAUAUAAAGUAAAUAAUUACUCCGAUUUUGUGAUCAUAUGGCUUUUACUGCAGGAGUGUCCAAAGUGCGGCCUGGAAGCUCGUUUUUCGUUAUAAAAAGAAAAUGAAGAUCGCUUAUUACAUUAAUUUGCUUUGUCACCUAAAACACAGGACCUAUGCAGUAGUUGCAGAGGUUGUGUCACUGUUGGAUCUUACGGAGGCUCUAAGUAGAGCUUCAAAAUGCAAAAAGAAGAAAUGGGAGUGAGACAAAAACAUUUGGAGUAAGCAAUUUAUUGUAAACAACCAUGAACGCAAAAUAGGCUGUUCAUCAGCUGAUCAAAAGUUUAAGACAGUAGCUCAAAAAAAACCAAAACCCACCUAAAAUAGUAAUACCAUUUUCAAAAACGGACUCAGUAAUGAGUUGCAGCGCCAUUCUUGUCACCUCAGAAAUAGGUUUAUGCUUGAUGCCAGUGUUUCCAGGAGGCUAGUGGGAAUGUUGCUCCAGGUGGUGAAGAUGGCUUCUCGGAGGGUAUCCAAUGUCUGGAACUGAAGUCCAUUUUUGUAAACUUCCCUUGCCAUCCAUCCCCAAAUGUUCUCAUUUGGAUUUGGAUCAGGGGAACACGCAGAAUGGUCCAAAAAAGUGAGGUUAUUCCUCUGGAAGAAGAGCUUUGGCAUUGUGUGUCCUGUUGAACAAAGCCAGUCAUUACCACACAGACGAGGGCCUUCAGUCAUGAGGGAUGUCCCCUGCAACAUUUCCAUAUAGGCAGCUGCCGUUUGACGCCCCUUCACAACCUGAAGCACCCCAGACCAUGACGGUGCCCCCUCCACUGUGCCGUGUGGAAAACAUCUCAGGUGGGAUCUUCUUUGUCAUGCCAGUAACGUUGGAAGCCAUCAGGACCGUCAAGGUUACAAUUUUUUCUCAUCAGAGAAUAAAACUUUUUUCCACCUUUCAGUGUCCCAUGUUUGGUGCUCUUGUGCAAAUUCCAAACGGGCAAUUUUGUGGCCUUAAAUGAGACAAGGCCUUUGGAGAUGUUUUUUUUCUUCUUUUCUUCUUUUCUUCUCUCGCAGAUGCCAUCUGAUGGUUAUUGUACUGCACUCAGCACCAGUAACAACCUUCAUUGGGGCCAAGGAUGGUCCCAUGUUUUGAUGGACAGCCAAUUAGAUCCUUUGGCUCCGGGUCAUUUUGACAUUUUGACAUUAUUUUGGGUCUACCACUUGACCUUUUUGUUCUUUGAAGAAGUUUCAAGUGACUGUCAUACUACGUCCAAACUCAGCAGCAAUGCUGCGAAAGACCUUGUUUAUGCCGCUCAGCAAUCCGACCGCGUUCAAAGAGAAAAACUUUUCGCCUCUGCCGUGAAGAGAUCAUGACAAUAUGAAUACCUGACAGAAAAUGACAUAGAAUCCACAUUUCUUUGAUUCCACAGGCUGUGGUCUUAAACUUUUGAUCAUCUGAUCAACAACCCUAUUUCACUUUCAUGCUUGUUUGCAAUAAAUUGCUUACUAAAAAAUAUUUUUGUCCUACUCCCAUUUUUUCUUUUUGCAUUUUGAAGCUCUACUUCGAUCCAACAGUGCAAAAUGUAAAUUCUUGCCAUUUCUCAGCUGGUCUUAAAAUUUUGAUCAGGAGUCUGUCAAGCUGUAUCAGAGCAUACACACACAAGUUGAAAUUAGCAAUUGGCGGCUUUCGGUGCAGCGAGAUGAUUUCCUGUCCAUAAACGUCCUACUUAUGGAGUUUAUAACCACAAAAUGGCAGGUUUUUUGGAUUGGUUUUAGCAUCUUAAUGUACAAAAAUGAUCAAAUGAUCUACCUUGUAGCUGUACCCUGGCUGGGAGACGUUUGGGCACCCCUGCUUUAAUGGCAUAAAAUACAGAAAUGGACACGUUAUGUUUAAUGUUCCAGUAAAGAGUGUCAGAAAUCAUGAAAAGCAUUAUUAUCAUAUUGACCAGAAUAUAAGAUGGUGUUUUUUCCCGACAAAAUAGUGUGGAAAAGACAUCUUACACGCAGGACAGAGCAGAGAGACACUACAUUUCUCAUAUAUUUGUCAUUUCUGCGUGCUCUUUGCUGUCAUUUUUGUCGGUCUGUGUCUUUAGUGUGUGCUACAAAAAGUAGAAAUCUAAGCAAGGUUAAAUAUGUGAAAUCAGCACAGAACAAGAACAUUUUUCAUACUUUUAAGAAAUAGAAUUUCACCAGUGAUGUGCAGUCAGGGAAGCUAGGUGAGGCAGAGCCUCCAUUAAACUGUAUUAUGAAUGUAUUUUCUGUAUCAUUCCAAUUGGUUUUGACGUUUUAUUAAAAAUGGAUACAUUUGCACAUUUCCUGAUCAAAUACAUGGCAGAAACCAAAGAUGGGGCUGCCGUCAGUGCCUCUUUUUGGCUUAUAUUUGAAUCCUCUGCUGAAUGAACUGAAAUGAAAUGAUGGAUGAUUAUAUAUUCAAGCUCACCAGGAGGUGAUCAAAGUUUUACAACAAAGUACCGUAACUUUACCCAGAGAAGGAUAGGGUGCAUGUACUUUAUGUACAAAUAAUAGGUAAGAACACAAACAUUUUUCAGUUGAGAAUGGGACUAAGAAUAUUUAAAAAUUAAUCAAAGUGAAUUAUUGUUCUUUUUCUUGUUAUUCUUUUAAUGAGUCAUUUGUAUUAACAUUUUAAAAACACUCCAAAGGAGUCAUUGCCUCACCAGCCAUGAACCUCACCGCAUGUCACUGGAUUUAACUGAUACUGAAAAGAUGAUUAAAAGAUUCAUUUUGAUAUAAAUAGAAAGCCAACAAACACUUUAAAUGUGUUAAAAAAGUGCCCUAUACAGCUUUGUGUUUGUCUUGGAACUCAGUAAGUCCCUAAGUGACGUACAAGAAAUGUAAUGUAAUGUAAUGACCUUAAUGGUCAUUGACCUUAAAGGUCAUUACAUCCCAUUGAUGAGACAAACGCCACCUACUGUACAGGACAGGAAGUAAAAAAGUAACAACAAGGAACGUCUCCCAAUGCUAACAUGUGAGUCGAUAUUAUGUCUUAUUUCUGUCUUAUUUUCUGUUAUAAUGCCUAUCAUAGUGGGUAAUAGGACUUAAUGAGUUCAAGUCAAGCAGAAAUUUGCACAGCACACUUUGUACACAUUUAAAGUGUUCUCAUGGGUGAAUUGUGUCUGUAUUUUACAUGCAUACUGUGCAGGAAUUAGUCUUUUUUUCUUUUUAAUUAAUAUCCACCGUCGUUAAACCAUCUGUAAUGUCUUGUUGGGAAGUGUAUAUAAAAGCCAGGCGUGCCAGGAUUUGUCAUUAGGAAGUAGUUUAUUGAAUAACCUUGGAUUUUUUUGUCCAUGCAUGCGUAAGUGUAAAUGUUGACAAGAGAAAAAAAGCGUUUUUACACUUGACAAAUCACUGUGUGCUGCAUCCCGUCUCUACCAAGCCUAUCUCUGUUAUUCAGGUUGUUAAAUGUUGUGUGGCAUCGUUCAUGACCUGACAUGAACCUGUCCGUCUUGUCUAAAGGUUGUCACGUACAUAAAUCGUCUGACCUAGCAGUGUUUUAGUUACCGAUGUAAAAAAUGUCUAUAAAGUGUGCUCUUUGUUUUAACUUAUGAGUCUCAAAGUGUCAGUACACUUUAAAUAAGUAUACUGUGUACACUGUGUACUUAGUUCUUGAGUGUGCGAAAAACCAUUACUGGACCGGAAAUGAUGGCAGUAGGGGCCUGAGCUACUAAGAUCCCAAAUAAGGAGCGCUAAAUUGAGCCUCCAAAUGUGCUAAAACACAGACCACAAACAGGUUUCAGAUUUGAUAAAUUACAUUUCGGGUUUGAAAUGAUUACUUUGCAUCUCCUCAUCUCAAUACUUUGUGUGUUCUGAUAAUCUGCAUAUAUUCUGCAUAUGUUCUGCAUAUUAUUUGGUGUUAUUUUGGUCACAUGACAGACCCUCUUAGUAAAUCUCUUAGUAUCAAUUUUGCGCGUGUUUUUAUACACGCAAACCUUCAGAAGAUCAGCAUUCACUCAUCAAUGCGUUCGUGCUGACAAGUACCAAAAUGCAGAGUGCCGUCCGUACGCGGAUGUUGCACUCACAGUGCUGGACAUUCUCCACCCUCACUUUGGCUACGGAGUGGACGAGGGAGGGACCAACUCAAGUGGUUACAAUUCACAUUUUAAGUCAAGUCAUUUCCUGCAAAUGUGCAAUGGAGUACAGUGGAUCUCCGCACAUUUGCGAUUCAGCAAAUUUGCAGAUUGUUGGUAGCAUUCACCCGCAAAUUUGCAAAUUGUUGGUAAAAAAAAAAAUUAGAAAUAAGUUUUCGUUUUUGUCAACAAAAACAGUUUUUUUUUUUUAAAGGAAAACUGCACUUUUUUCAAUUUCGCCCAUCAUCCAUAACCCUUAUGUGAGGCAUGAACACAUACGUCUUUCUGUUUUCUGUGGUUCUAAAUAUAGAAAAACAGAUAAAAAAGAGACUGCAUGUAAUGGGCCACGCAUAUUCAGCCUAAAAAGGCUUCUGAAAAAGACUCCAAAAAGCGGCACACAAAAAGUGACAUGCAUAUUAACCAAGCUACAGCGACAUUGUUAUUAUUUUUAUUAUUAAUAUUGUUGCACCGAUCAAACUAAGUUACUAGCGCAUAUUGGACCUGCCGUCACUGCUGCUGUGUUUUUAUUUUUGGGUUUGGAAAAGUUAAGUGGUGUAGGCGUUUGUACGUGCUCACAGCAUGUAUCUAAAACCAUAAAGGAGGUUUUUGGAGGUGCUUUAGCGCCCCUUGUAGGUGGUAUAGGUGUGUCCCAUUACGUGCAGUAAUGAGCUGUCUCUUUUUAUCUGUUUUCACAUGAGAACUGUGGUAUUGAUGGGCAAAAUUGAAAAAAAAAGUGCAGUUUUUCUUUAGGAAAACACGUCUCAUUCACCCUAAAUUGGCAAUAAUUUCUAAAUACAUGAUAAAAUACCGAUAAUACAGCAUAAAAUGGACGGCACGGCACGAUUGUCGUGCUAGCCUGACGACCAGGCUAAAGGCUAGACCGUCAUUCAUUAUCAUUCAUCAGUCAUCGUUCAUACGUGGUAUUUCAGCUGAAGCCCCUGAAAUAUGAGAUUUUGCGAAACGUCAGGCUCUGGAAAAAAAUCUGAAAAUCGAUCCCUGGAAAAUGUGGCAUUUUCUGCAGUUUUUUAUUAUACUAUUAUAGUUCUGUGUAUCAUAUUUUAUUAUGCGUCCCCUGAUGAAGGUGUGGGUGGUUUCCCCCGCCUCCCCGACCACACUACACUGUCAAAAUUCAUACCGCCAGUACACAGUGUACACAGUGUACACAGAGUACACAGUGUACACAGUGUACACAGUGACGUGCCCUGACAGAAGUAUUCCAGUCGACACAGCCCCAGCCGGUCUUUUAAGUCCUCAUACAAUCCAAAUUGUGCUGGUGGUUUUCAUGUUCAAGUACUUUCAUGAUUGUUUGACAUUUGUGGAGUAAAAUUGUAUUUAUCUUUCAGUGUCUUUUUUUUGCUGAACAUUUGUCAAUUUUAGAGGAGGCGAUAGAUUCAUUUAGAACAGGGGCGUCCAAACGUUGACGUGGGGGGUCCAUUGUGAUAUUUCUCAUUUUCUAAAAAGGCUAAUUCAACAUAGCUAUGCUAAUUUUGUGUGUGUGUGUGUGUGUGUGUUAUAGGUGGCUAAAGCCGCUUCUAUUAUUAUUAUUUCUUGUACCGAGUUUUUCUCGCCUUUUUCUGUUUUUAUUGUUGAUUUUUUUUGUAUUUUAAAGGAUACAUUUGCAUAUUUUCGAGAUUUUGUUUUUACUUACUCAACUGGAAUACCUUCAAUGUGAUUUCUAACAUCAGGUGAACCCCAUGCAAUUUAUUCUGUAUUUUUAGACCAAGAAAAAACAAGCCACGGAGCACAAAUGGACCCCGGCCGUUGGUUUGACACCUCUGUCCUAGAAUGACUCCUCCACCAAAAAUGUGAGCGUAAAUGCCAGCUCAGUUGAUUACUUUCUAAAACCAGCAUAAAAUCAUGUUUUUUUUAAUGUUUUGUAAGUCAGACAAGGCAAAGCAACAGCCACAGUAAAAAAGGCGUUGUACACCAUCAUGGCUGCCGUUGAAAGUAAGACAGCCAACAUGCCGGUGCAGCUUUAUUUCAGCAACUUUUAUUGGUGUGAUACUAUUAC